AUGGAAGGCUUGAUGCCGGUUAAGAAGACCAAUCGGUUCUUAUUCGCAUUGCCUGCACGGGCUCGCCUCAGCCCCUCGCCGGCUACGGGACUGAUCGGGUUGAAGGAGAAUGCCUACAUCGGCGACUUCUUCCAGACCAUGGGCUUCUUGCCCAUCACAAGCGAGAGCUUCAUCCGUAAGGCCAUGGUGAACACCAUGUUCCGCACCAUGCAGGAGCGCGACCCGGAGUUCGCAGGGCCUGAAGCAGGAGGCGUUUUUGGCGGCGGCCAGGGGUGGGGAGAACACGCCUUGGUGCCAGGUGGCGGGGGUGGCGGCCUGGCACGGGCAGAGAAUGCCAUCGAGAACGCGGCGGCGGCUUGCGUGCUGUGGAGCACGGUUGGGGUAGGGUGCUUGAUUCGAGGGCGACCCAAGUCUUCGGUGGAGGGAUACGUCCGCCUUGCUCGGGAGGCGCUGUCAGUCUGCUUCGACGAUGGUACCGCGGAGACGGCUAGGGCAUUCACGGCUAUGGCUCUCUUUCAAGACUUCAUGGGCAACGAGGACAAGUUCAUCAAGUACAUCGACUUCGCCAAGUCGAUCAUCAACGCUCUGCCCCAGGAGAAGGUCCCGGCGGACCUCCUGGACACGCACCUGUUCGUCAAGGCCUGCGACAUGCUGGAGGGGUACAGCCACCGGGUCGACGAGGAGUACAUCAAGGCUGCCAGUGGGACCUUCGAAUCCUGCACGAUGGCUAAGGAGCCGAGGCUCAUCCAUCAGAAGGACUUGUGCCGCUGGCUGCUCAAGGCCGACAUCCGCCUCACAGCCUGUUUCUCGGUGGACAUGCUGGACAAGGGGGCGUUCAACGAUGGCAGCAGAGGCGUCGGAAGGUACGCCCGUUGGGAAGGGGACAGGUGUCCUCCGGGCGAAGACGGAGGAGGACCCCAAGAUGUCGGUGCGACGCGCAACCCGGGUCUUUCCGCGCAACCGCACGUGGUUUACGACGAGGGCAAAGGUGGGUCUUCGCCGAUGACGGGCGCGGGCGCCGCUAGUACCCCUACCUGCUUCAGCCUCAGAAGCUUCGAUCAGUCCACGGAGCCCCCUCCGCCGGGAGAGAUGAGCCUCAAGUUCGCGGCGGAGCUGCUGCCGGAGUGCGACCUGAUGGUCCAUGCCACACAGACGCCCGAGGUGAAGGGUGGGGUUGGCGAGCUGUACUUCCACAGCAUCAUGGCCUACGCCAACGUGCUGCAGGGGCGGCAAUCGUGGGCUCUGGAUGGCCUGUGGCGCUGCGCCGACAUAUUCUUGACUAGCCCCGGGAUUUGCCGCCUGACUGCGUGGACGCACUUGGCGCACUGCACCCUCGCGUGCCUGGUGCUGUCAGGCCGCCACGAAAAGUACGAGAGCCUGCGGCAAGCGUACAACUCCGUGAUGGAUGAACCUAGCGCCGUAAGGGCCCCGCCUGCGGAGGAGUGGACAGGCAUGGAGUGCAUCUGCAAGCACGUGUUCUGCAGCGUUAAUUUUGCUCGGAACUACCUGUGCAUCUGCACGGUCUGCUUGGCCACUUGUUUGCUGUGCUGGUGCCCGCAGCGGGAAAAGUCCCUACGCCUGGCGUUCUAUGCGCGAGGCUUGAGAGCAGCGUUCUCGUCGGCUAAAGAAAAGGAUGCCCUGGCGGAGUCCGUGGACACAGCCUUCACCGCCACAAUCGGGGACGAGUCGAAGCCAUCCCCCCCCCACGUAAGCCGUUCACCGAUGCCCAUGUCAUCCAUCUCGGACGAACCUUGGGCCCGUGGUGCCUUGCACAACAAGCAGCAGCGGGGUAUAUCCACUUCCCCUGCUGCGGAACCCCCUGUUGAAGAGCCCAGGGUGGCGGCGGCGGCGGCCGCGACGGGCGGCAUCACCGGACCCGUCGAAGCCGGUACUGGCGGCGUAGCCGCAGCAGCAGCAGCAGCGGAUCAACCACCAAUGGUGGCGGCUGCGGUGUUAGGGGAAGGGGUGACGUCACCGGGGGCGCCGGCGAAUCGUGUGAAAGAGGAGCAUGUACAGAGGGAGGGGUCUGUCCCAUUGCAACCGGCCCAAGGCAACGUUGCUGCACCUGCCGGUGGUGCUGGUGCCGGUGCUGCCAGUCGAGGAGAAGAAGUGAUCGGUGGGCUCGAGCUGUUGGUUGCCUCCGAGCUCGACGGAACUGAUGACGCCGGCCUCCUUGAUGCCUUCGACGAGCUUCUAGGCGAGGACGUCUUGAACGGCUUCGGACAGGAUGGUGAUAACGACACCGACGUGAUUACGCUUCCGUUUUUCGAGGGCAAGCCUUAGAGGGGGGCGCGGCGGACCGGAGCCGGGGGUUAUCAGGACUUGGUAAUGUAUUUUAUCAGGAUGUGCUACUGCAGUUGGGUGCGCAUGUGCAACGCCCUUUUUGGUUUCGGUCUCGUCACUCGUGUUUGGCUUCCUUGCCUUGUCGCCUUGUGCUUAUGGUCUCGAUUAUGAUUGGUCGUUGUCUUCCUCGUGUCUCGGUUAUUGUCUUCAUAGUGUUCUGCUUGUUGUCUCCCUCGAGUUUUGCUCGCUACCUUGAUCAUAGUGGAUGUUUUGAUCGUGUGUUGCGUGUUGUCUUUAUCGUGUUCAGCGUCUCGUCGAGGAGGCAAGGUAUGCCAGCGGUUGAUGGUAAGCGGUUGAUGCGUAUCCGCGGCGAUCAUCCCCUGUCUCAGGUUCAUUUUCUGUGACUGCAGUGCCCCAGCCGUACAUGAAACAGAAGCGGAGGCUUGGGGUUGCCGCGAGGUAGGCACGUUUGAUCUGGACGUCGUUCGUCUCCGUCCCCAAUUUUCGCUGCUGAGCCCCUUGUACAUAACAAGAGCCUUGCUGGACCGAACGGAUUGUGUCCCUUGCAGUCGGGAUAGAAGGGUUUUGUUGGUCGUUUGCUCACCAUAAAUUGGUUUCGUCGCCAACCAUUUAGUAGAAAGUUUGGAUUUAUCUUUUGUAUAUGAGGGGCCGUAUCGGAGCGUCGGUGUACCGCCAUCGUGUAUCCGUGGGUCGUGGUUGCAGAGGGCGGCUGCGCUAUUUUCUUUGCUGUCGGUGUAUGGGCAUGCAGUCAUCUGCCGCAAGUUUGGCUCGCCCCCCGUGGCAAGUAUUCCCACGGUCCGAGGUCGAAUGAUGCUGUGGCCGCUUGCCACAUGUUUUAUCUUUUAGCGAUGUAAAGACGUUUUUGUAUCAGUUCGACACAGCUGUCUGCGUGCUCCUCCUGUGUCCUACACUACUCUGUGUCUCACGCUCCUGUGUGCACACUGUUGCU